GAUAGUUUGGCGCAUGAAGUCAAUAACCGUGGCAUUUACAAUAAUUUAUGCUAUACCUAUAAUAUUGUUACUAUACAUUGUUAAAUUUCAAUUUUCAACUGUUGUCUGUUAAAAAUCGUUGCCCGUUGGCCUGCGCAAUAAGAACCUUGAUCGAUGAUUCAGAUACGAAUCAUGAUAAACGUCUAUUCCUUAAUCGACGUUCGGUGACACGUUAUUACGUUAUUUUCGCGAACGUCAAAAAUUAGAAAAAUCGCCUCGGUUUAGUAUUUAAAUAUCCCUUGUUGUAAAUUCUUGAUUAAAUUUAAAUUUGUGUAAUAAUUAUGUUUGAAAUACAACUUUGAUGACGAAAGAUACAAUCAUGUCAGCAGUAGACGAAGAUACUUUGUUCUCGGACGAAGAACUGUUUGCAAACGAUGCAAAUGAUUGUGUUGUGACAUUAACUAGUUCAGUCAGUUAUGAAGACGAGUAUCAAUCUUUAUUAUUUCAAAACAGAGAUCGUAUAAUAUCAAAAUUAAAAAAUGAUUUAUCCAAUGUUUUACCUCCUCCACCAACAGUAACUACUUGUCGAUUGAGUGUAAAUGAUAUACUAGAUAGAUGGUACCAAUACGAAAAAACAAAUUCUCCAACAAAUAAACCUGAAACAAAAAAUUUGAAAAAUAUUGACCGUGCAAUUAAUUGGCCGUGGCCAGAAGUAUCUAAUGUUCAGUGUUUUGAUGUUUACUAUAAUAUUGAUAAUAAAUCAGCUGAAAUGGCAUUAUUGGAAACAAAAUACCAACAAAGGUAUGUAUCAAACGAGACAAAAUCUCUUAUGAACACAGGACUUACACCACAGCCUAAAAAAGAACGGGGAUUAGUUCAUCAACAUGUUAAACCUGUUGAACAAAAUACUCGAUUAAUUCGAAGAAAACCGGUUUCAAAACCUCAAAUAUUAGCAGAAACUAAAGCAAAAUUAGCUCUUAUUGAAAAUAAACGUCGAAUUUUAGUGCCAGGAAAAUUAAAAAGGGAAAAUAUAAAACCUCUAGAGAAAAGUUAUCUUGAAAAUCGAAAUAGUAAUGACAGAAGAUCAAAUAGUCAUAAAAGAGCUCUAUUUCAAAGUCCUGAAAUUUAUCAGUCUAGAAAACGUAUGUGUUAUAGUCAUAAUCCAAAGUCUGAAGAGUCAUCUCCUCUUAGUGCCCUUUCCAUUUGUAGUGAUACAUCAAAUACUACACCAGUUAAAAGAUGGAGUACUGUUUCUGCGAGUGCACAACUAUUUGGUGAAGAUCAAGAAGAUAAACAGAAAUCAAUUAUUACUAGAACAGAACCAGUCAAAAAAUGUCAAAGAGUAUUGAAAUUUUUUAAUAAUUCAGAAUCAACUACUUCAAAAAAUUUGUUUAAUACAAAGCCAAGUCAAAAAGAACUCAGUAAACUUCAUAAACAGAAAUUAUUAUGGGCUGUUUCGGAAGUGUUAAAAGAAUGUGGUGUUGAUAGUCAUCACAAGCAAUUUCGACCUUUUCUUCAACAAUUAUUUAAAGUAUGUUCUAAACAAUGGUUGCAGAAAACAGGUUCUGAAAUAAAAACUAGUACUAGUGAAGCAAUGCGUGCUCUAGUGAUGAAACAUAAGAGUACAGUAUUAAAAUUGAAAUCAAAAUCUCCAAAGCAUAAAGACAAUAUUGUUACAUCUAAACGAAAAUCUGUGGCAGACGUAAAAAAAGUAUUAUUUACAGAUACAACACCAAAAACUGAUUUUAAAUUUGAAAAAUUUGGUUCAGACUUAAAAACAACAAGUUCACCUAAUAAAAAUAUGGAUAUUGAUAAAGGGAAUGAUAAUUUUGCAUUAUACCUAGAUAUAAAAAAAUUACAUUGUAACAAAAAUACUGAAAACCUACCAGAUAGGCCAGUUUCUUCUACUUCCGACUAUUGUUCUAAUUUGGAUAUUGAUUCCAAAGAUUCAGAAGGAAUCUUUGCUGGUUAAUGUUUAUAUUCAAUAAUUUGGUUCAUUUUUUUCCUUUUUGACUUACUGAAACAAAAUUGCUAUUUUUCAGACAGCAAAAUGUAUAUGUUUCUAUCCAUUUUCUUUUCUUUUGUGUUAUUUUCAUUAAUUUAUGGUUAAGUAAAUUCCCCUGAUUUAGAUUUAAGUCAUGUAUUACCUAUAUUUAAUCUUAAUUUUUUUCUUCUAGUGUUUAGAAGAUCUAUUCAGUUUAAUAAUUAGUAUUUAUUGUUUCUAAAAUUAAUAAUUGUACCCAGCCUUGUAGUGAUGUACUCUAAUGUUGCAUAUAAGCAUAUACAUAUUUUUUUGAGGAAUGACUUAAAAAUAUUUGUUUUCUGUACUAUUGACGCAGAUCUCUUAAACUAUAAACCAAUAUAUUUAAAUUUUAGUAUAUAAGAUUUAGCUAAUUAAAAAAAAAAUCAAUUUUACAA